AUGGAGGAUGUGGUGCAAGUGGAGCCCAAGCAAGCGAAUGGAUACUUGGUGAAGGCCUUGCGUCCACCAGCAUUCAGGGCUGUUGUGAAGGCCAAAUUGGGGCGUCAAACGCACAAGCAGACCAAGGAAAAUAUACAAGUUUUCCUGAAGUGUGUCCGCAGUAAGCUGGAGGGGUUUAUGCGCUUUGAAGUCCACAUCUCGCCACCG